GUGAUCGUGAUGUGCGCAGUCGCUGAUAACUAGCAGAGAAGACGUCUCUUAAAACCGCGUUGAUCGAUUAACCGGUUAACUAGCGAGCUAGAUAACAGAGGUCCGACAUGCUGGCGGCCGUCGCCUGCUCCUGUGUGCGGAGCGGGAGGAAGAUGACCGCCCCCGUGGCUCAGCUGUCGCUCCUCUCUGCGAAGAACUCCCCGAGGUGUGCGACUCCAACCGGGGUACGAGGUGCGUCGCAGCACCGGCCCCCCCGGCUCCUCAGCCCGGCUCCCUGGGUCCUGCCGAGCGGAGCCUCCCUCCGGUGUGUGUCCCAGUCGCACCCCAGCCACGGGGCCGCCUCAGCCCCAGAAGAUGGAGAGAACUUCGGCUCCCUCUCCAUGGACAUCUCCUCCCGGAGGUCGUUCAGGAAGAGCGGGCCAGAGACCCGGGAUCUGCGGCACCAGGAGCAAGUCUCCCGGGUUGAUGAGGAGGUUGAGGAGGAGGAAGAGGAGGCUGUGAGGAGGCCCCAGAGCAGAAACACACAAUACUGGUACUUCUUACAGUGCAAGAAGCUGAUCAAGGAGAAGAAGCUGCAGGAGGCUCUGGAACUGUUCAGCAGGGACAUGCUGCAGGUGGAGAAGCUGCAGCCGGAGGAGUUCAACUACACCAUCCUGAUAGGAGGCUGUGGACGGGCUGGACAGCUGAAGCAGGCCUUCAGACUCUACAACGAUAUGAAGAAGCGAGGUCUGGAGGCCAUCGAUGCGACCUACACCGCGCUGUUCAACGCCUGCGCCCAGUCGCCCUCGAAGCGAGCCGGUCUUCAACAGGCUCUGAAGUUAGAGCAGGAGCUCCGGCGCAAGAACUACCGCCUCAGCACCAUCACAUACCACGCCCUGCUCAAGACUCACGCCUUCACCAACCACCUCCAGGCCUGCAUCCACACGCUCAGGGAGAUGCUUCAGAAUGGACACGUGGUAACUCCGGAGACGUUUCACUACCUGCUGAUGGGCUGCUUGAAGGACAAAGAAACAGGAUUCAGACUGGCUUUACAGGUGUGGCGCCAGAUGUUGAAGUCAGGGAUUCGUCCGGACGCCAAGAAUUAUACCCUACUCUUGAGAACUGCAAGGGAUUGUGGGAUUGGUGAUCCCGCCCUGGCCUCUGACGUUCUGCUCGGGCGCGAGUGGGAGAACCUGCGAGAGACGGCACAAGCGUCACAUGUCAAGUCAGAGUCCCGACGUAAGGACACAAUAGACAUUGAGCUUCUGGAGAGGCAGCUGUUUAUCGAACCUGGUUCACACAGACACGGGGACAAGUCCGUCAGCAGACGAGAAUCACCCCAGUUGGUACCAGUCGGUCAGAGAGAAAACCUCUCGCUGUCGGUGGACUCAGUGAAUUCCUCAGCCCCUAAUCUGCUGGACCUUUUUGAGGGGAGGAAGAGUGCCGUGGUCUCCCUCGGCGUUGUAGACGGAGCUUAUGAUCGGCUUGCCCUGAUCGGAGGAGCAGAAGGUUUUCUGGAGAAGAUGGCGGCCAACGGACUCAGUCCUGACCUCAGGACGCUGACGCUGCUGGCGGAUACGAUGGAGCCGGGCUACCAGUCCCUGCAGAUGCUGCUGAGAGCCGCCAAGCAGCAUCACGUUAAGCUGGACGCUGCGUUCUUUAACUCUGUGAUCCGCAGGGCGGCCAGAGCUGGUGACCUGGAGGCGGCGAAGGGCGUGUUGAGUGUGAUGCGGCAGCGUCACGUGAGCGUGGAUGUGCAGACAUUUGGAAGCCUCGCAUUAGGCUGUGAGCGACAGAAAGACGCUCUGCAGCUGCUACAGGACAUGGAGGGGGCGGGGCUCAGGCCGAACGUGCAUGUGUUCUCAGCUUUGAUUGGCAGAGCAACACGGAGACUGGAUUACAUCUACCUCAAAACUAUCCUUCAAACCAUGAGUGAGAUGGAGGUGUGGCCGAACGAGGUCAUCAUCAAGCAGCUGGAGUUUGCUUCCCAGUAUCCUCCCAACUACAACCAGUACAAGUCCAGAAACAACUACCUGGUCCAAAUUGAUGGUUUUCGUGGUUACUACCAGGAGUGGCUGAAGUUCAUGCCUGCCCUGGAUGCGAAGGAUGAACAAGCAGAACUUCACACUGAAACAGAAGCUGCAGAGCUGAACACAGAAGCUGCAGAUGGACUGACGUCGUCUCAGAGGAACCAGAGAGCAGCCGCCAGGAGAUACGGCUCUCGUAAAGACAAGACUGCUCUGUAACAACAAGAUAUAUUUCUUCAUUAUCUCCUUUGGAAACUGAAUGGACUGUAUGCAAUUUCAUUAAACACAACAAAAAAAAAAUUAUGAUAUUGUUAUUUAUAUUGCAAUAAAACAUUUUUUCAGAUUU